AAAAAAGUAUAUCAAUGUCUAAAAGUUUAGGUUAUAUUAAUUAAUUUUCUCUCCGCUCCUGGCGAACGGCGCGUUAAAUAAAAUUUAACUACAUAAAACUAAAACGAUGUCGGACAGUGAACUCAUAAGCUCAAAGAGUCGCAUUCUUGAUUUGUUCGCUGAGUUAGACGACAGUGAACUAAAUUCUAUUGAACAAUGGAUUUGCAGCCAAUCUUAUAAGAAAGACUUGGAAGCAAAGAAAACUCUGAUAAGAACAGAUAAAUUGCUGACCAAAACAGGAGAUGCUAUUAAAAAGCUUGUUCCAUUUGAGGCAGAAAUGUCUUCUGAGAAGAUAGUCCCACCAACAGUUGGGGACCAGGCAGAUUGUACUGAGAGCAACACUUGCCAUGUAGAUGAGUUCCUUUAUGACCAUGACCAAGUGGACACUCUGGUGAAAGAAGGGAAGUUGAAAAGGCACUACUGUAUAGAUUGCAAUUCUCGAAAUGUCAAAGAAUUAAUAUACAUUUCACAUUCAAUGUCAAGACAGGCUUUACAGUACAUAUUUAAAGUCCUGCUCCCAAGUGAUUUAGAAGAUAAACAAAUAUUGGAUGUUGGAUCUAGAUUAGGAGCAGUACUAUAUGGGGCAUAUUACUUAUCAAAUGCAUCAUCAAUAAUUGGUAUUGAAAUGAACAAAGAAUUCUGUGAGGUUCAAGAAAAAAUAAUACACAAGUUCUCCAUGGAUGCAGAUAGAAUAAGAGUUAUUCACUCAGAUGUAAUGGAGAGACCCGACAUUGUUCAACAAUCAAACGUCAUUAUUAUCAAUGUCCUAGACUUCUUUGUUGAUAUUCCAAAACAUAAGGAAAUGUGGCAUUUUUUCAAGAAACAUAUCAAAAAGGGGAGCUAUUUAAUUUGCAACAGGAGUAUGGCCGACACUUUGAAUAGUUUAGAUAUGUUUGAAGAACUGAUGAAUUGGCUAAGCAUUUGCAUACCUAACCAAAUGAAAAAUGAAAUAUUUUUUGAUGUUGAAGAUUGCAGUGAAUUGUAUUUAUACACUGUAAAUUAAAGUUUUUUUUUUCAACA